GGUCGUCAUGCCAAAAACGGAGCUGCUCCAAGUUAUAUUCGAUCAACCUGACGAAGUGUUCCUCCCGGGACAACCGAUUUCCGGGCGAGUGGUGCUCACAACGAAGAAAAAGUUGUCGGCUCGUGCGGUGAAUAUCAAGAUCGUGGGAUUGGCUCACACCAGCUGGAAGAACUACGAAAAUUCUUGCAAACUUUCGUUCCACCGAAUCGUAUCCUAUCGUCCACAUGGUGUUUACUACUCUGCAAAUGUGAAGUACCUCGACUAUACCCAGCUUCUUUGGACUUGUGGAGAAGGACCGAAAGAGUUGAAUGCUGGAGAAUACGCGUGGCCAUUCUCCUACACUCUUCCUCUCAAUAUUCCACCGAGUUUUGAGGGAAAAUAUGGAUAUUUGAGAUAUACUGUGAAGGUAGAAGUGGAUCGGCCAUGGCGUGUGGAUAAGGCCAAGAAGAUGUGCAUAACUGUUUCUCCAUUGCUCGAUCUAAAUGUCAUCCCGCACUCGCUUACUCCAAUCAACACCCAGGCGAGUGAAAAUCUCGGUUGCUGUUGCUUCAAAAAUGGAUUUCUCGAGAUGAAUGUAAACAUCCCGAAAACUGGAUUCGUUCCCGGCGAAACUGUCCCCCUGAACAUCCAUCUGAUCAACCACUCCUCUUCAACUGCUAAAAAAAUCGAAGCAAAAAUUCUGCAGCAGUGCAAGUUCACUGGAUACAAGGAUGGUGCCACUUACAAUUAUGGUGGUGAUGAAAAUAUGUCCGAAAAGGCCCAAAGAAUAAUGUUCGACACGAAAACUGUCGUCAGGGAAAGUCAGAAACUGGUAGUGGCUGCCAAAAAUGAGCACAAGUUCGUUUUGGAACUCCGUAUUCCGUCUGUAACUCCAACCAUCAAUCAGUUCUCCCCUGUGGUUACUGUAGAGUACCUUAUACAACUUAAAGUGGACACCAGUGCAAUGUCACAUAGUGAAGUUCGUUGCGAAACAUCAAUCUUACUUGGAUCAGUCCCUAUUCGCCAGUGCCUUCCACCUUCUUACUAUCAACAGGAUCCAAGUGUACUACCGAGCAAGCCAACUCCAAUUGGAGAAGGAGUCGCUCCACCACCAGGUUAUGGGUCCCUACCAAUGACCGACGAUUCCGAGAAAGGCACCGAUGCACCAUAUCCACUUGGCUUGUACCCUAAUGUCAAUGAUGUGAAUCUUCCAUAUCCAAGCGUAGUUCAGGAUGGUAAUGCAGUGAUUCCAAGUGCUCCACCGCCAUCUUACCAAGAAUCAAUGUAUGGAAAAGGAGGAACCGUGCUCGACGCCAAAGAAAAUGAACCAUAUGUUCCGAAAUACCCAGUAUUCAACAAUUUGCCAGUCUAUAACCCAACUGCUCCACCUCCAGAAUAACAAAGUUUAAUUUGAUUCUGUCUGUUUUGCUGUUUAUCGUACUCAACGCUUUCUUUGCCUGUAUUCAAGCUACAUAUUUACCUCAUGUUUCAAUGACCAUUCAACUUUCUUACGCAUAAUUUGAUAAAUUAUUUGUAUUCGU